AUGUCCAUCACUCCGCUGAGUGCCUUGCGGAUCUCAAAACAUCAGAUUCCCGCCUACAAAGGCAUCCCAAACACCUCCAUACAAGGCAAACCCCUCAUGAUAUACCACGGUGCUUUCACAGACUCUAAUCCCUCAAACAUCGAAUCUCACCUCAAAUCGGUCGGGGUCGUCUCUCCACAAUGGAGGUAUACUAUGUAUAGUGAAACACACUUCCACUCGACCACUCAUGAAGUUCUCAGUAUCGCUUCAGGAUCUGCUAAGUGCUGUUUUGGGGGUGAGAAGAACGAAGGUCGAGUGGAGCCCGUUCUAGAGCAAGGGGAUGUUAUUAUCGUCCCAGCUGGAGUCGGUCACCGCUUACUGGAGGAUUAUGGUGGUUUCCAGAUGGUCGGCUCUUACCCGAAAGGCAAGGCGUGGGACAUGUGCUACGGGAAGCCCGGGGAGGAGGAGCAGGUUAAGCAGAUUGGUAACUUGGGUUGGUUCAAGCGCGACCCCGUCUAUGGCGAUGAAGGCCCAAGUCUGCAAGUAUAA